UGCCAAGGUCUCAAGUUGACCUCACUGAAGGUAAGGCUGUAGUGUUGGGUGGUUGUUGUACAGUCGCUUAGUCAUGUCCGACUCUUUGCAACCCCAUGGACUGCUGCUUGCCAGGCUUCCCUGUCCUUCACUGUCUCCCAGAGUUUGUUGGGGUCUUUGGUUUUCAGCAAAUGGUUGUAUUGUUAGAGCUACUCUAGUCUAGGGCCCCAGUCUAGUUUCAGAGAAUUUGCCCUCUUCUCAGCUUUUAAAAUAACCAAGAUUGUAGCUGGGGAGGGGGAAGAGGAGACAGCAGGGUUGGGGGAGGUGAAUAAUAGAACAGUAAUGAUACAGAUUGUGGGGUCCCAGUCCUUAGGAUGGGCACAAAAACAAUAGCCUUUGUUUACUAAUCAGUUAACAUACUAACUGAACAUAUGCAAGGACUCAUAAUCUCAUUGGGAUAACACAACAAAAAUAUGCAAAAUAAGAAGAUUGAACAAACACACCACCCUCCCUCGAUGCUAUGUCUUGGCAAUACUAUUUGCCUAACUUGGAAUGCCUUUUCCAAACCUGUCUGCUUGUUUCCUAGUAAUCUAUCAAAUCUCAGUCAAUUUUUGUUUUCUUAAGCUUUCCUUGACUUCCUUAAGAAGCAGAGCUGUGUAGUAGAAAACACAGUAUUUGGGUUGAUACAGAACUGGGUUUUAGUCCUAGCUGGUGACCUUAUGUUUCCUUAUUGUAAUAUGGUCAUACAACCCUCUUUGGAUGGUAUGUCAGAGCGUUGCUGCUCUGUGUCAGAGAUUGUAUGUGCAAGUGGCCGUCUUCUCCAACCAGGGAUUUAACCUGAGCUGUCAGCAAUGAAAGUAUGAUGUGGUGUCUUUUAAACAAAAAAUUAAUUUAUUUGGCUGUACUGGGUCUUAAUUGCACCAUGUGGAAUCUAGUUCCCUGACCAGGGAUUGAACCUGGACCCACUGCAUAGGGAGUGCAGAGUCUUAGCCAGUGGACCACCAGUGAAAUCCUCAAGUGUGAAGUCUUAACCACUGGAUCAUCAGGGAAUUCUCAGGAAGUUACAACCUCUUAAAGAGAUCACAGGCUUAAUAGUGACAGGAGUAUGCGCCUGGAGUAUUCAAUGCGACAGGAGUAUUCAAUCCUUUACAUACAUUAUUGAAUUUUCUCAACAGUUCAGUGUAAUGUUUUGUCAAUCCCACUUGACAGAUGAUAAAAUAGAUGAACUAACAUGCUUAAGGUCAUAAAGCUAGUGAGUAGUGGAGCUGUUUUUUUUUUUAAUAGUGUAAAACCAUCAUAACUCUUCUUGCCAGGCAUUGGGUAGCUGGGGAGUGAGAGGGAGCCACCUUUCUCCCAGCUGUGGCCAGGUGAUUUACUCCUUUCCCUGGCCCCUGCCUUGACUCAAGCUGGAGGCAAAUCAGCCCCAGACAGCUUGGAUGGUGCUUCACUGCAUCCUGCAGGCCUCCGGGCCUUCCUCUCUUCAUUGUCUCAUGCUGCCAAGGUUACCAAAGGCUGUCCCUACCAAUAACACCUUUGCAAGGAGGCUGCCAAUAGCCAGGAGAUCUGAUCUCAGACUCAGAACUUCAGAGGAACCCCCUCUUCCUUUCAUGCAUAAGUGGGCAAGACACUCUAGGGACCAAGCACAAUCCUGAGAUUACAUCAUAUGUCAUUCUGAGUAUGACUGAAGGAGUCUCAGCAGGGUGUCAGUCUCCUUAGGUAGUGUUGUUAUGGCAACCCCAGUCACAUCCACCUGGCUUUCUGGGCUCGGGCUCCUCCCGUCUCAGGAUCUUCCUUUCUAGAGGCAGCAGCAUCCAACCCUGAGAGGGGGGAAGGGUGAGGUUGUGUACAUUCAUGCUCCCGUGCAGAAAGCUCCUUUAAUAAACAGCUCAUUGCAAAUGGUCCCAUCUUGGAUGAACAUAAAAUGAUUAAUUCACUGUUUGCCUCGUGAUGUGUGAGUGAAAGUUCACUACCAAAGCUCAAUCUACAUUGUCUCUUAAUCUACAGUAACCUUGUGAGAUGGGUAUUCUUACUCCAUUUUGUAGAUACGUAAAUGUGGUUAGGUAAUUUGCCCAAAAGCAGUAUCAAAGUUUGAACUCCUUUUGCUAUGACUCCAAAUACCCUUUACUCACUAAGCUCACUGCUUUUCAACUGAGAACUGCCCAGGUUCAGAGAAGUGUGUCAGUGUAAAAUGGUCCAGGAAGUCUGUGAGGUAGGUGAGGGCUUACAGGACAGAAAUGGGGAGGAUACGAGCUAGGGUGCCCGAAUCGGGCAGAGCCCUGGAGUCUGGAGCUCGCACGUGGUGUGUUUAGCCCAGUCAGAAGACCCUUCUGCCAGCAGAAAUGCCUACUGAGAUUCCGGUUCAACCUUGGGGAAGGGGAAGUGGCAGGUGAUGUUGGAGAGUUAAGUUGAGCCCCACCAAGCAGCCAGCAAAACUAAGGCAGACGCCAAAGUCUAAAGCGUCAAAGACUCGCGUAAAUGCAAGUGCUCUGAAACUCAGGAGUAGACAAAGGAAUGGAGAUGGUUUCCUCGAGAACAUGUUUAUUAAAACGUAGACUGAACCAUUACACACCCCACAAAACACCGAAGUGCUGUUGCUUUAAGAGGCGCGAGUCUUCCAUAUUACGUGAUCUCUGACGUGACCGAGCCCUCUACAGAGCCAUCACGGUGGCCAAUCGAGUAGUGGGCAGCUUCUUUGUGGGCAGGAAUUCCUGAAGGCGCUCACCGAUUGGCUGUGUUCGUGGAGGGUGGGGCCUGAUUGCCGAGAGAGGGAAUUAGUACGAGCAGGGUGAGAGGGGUCAUCGCCGCAGCUACCGCCGCCGCAGUCACCGCCACCGCCCUCUUGGUAGCCGCCUUCGCCGUCCCUGAGCCAUCAGCAGGUGUUUACUGAGGGUGUGUUAUGUGCAGACACCGUGCCUGACGCUGGGGAUGCAAAGCUCCAUCGGGGCCAUGUCGGAGCGAGAAGAGCGCCGGUUCGUGGAGAUCCCUCGGGAGUCCGUCCGGCUCAUGGCAGAGAGUACAGGCCUGGAGCUGAGCGAUGAGGUGGCGGCCCUGCUUGCAGAGGAUGUGUGCUACCGACUCAGAGAGGCCACCCAGAAUAGCUCUCAAUUCAUGAAACACACCAAACGGCGGAAGCUGACCGUCGAGGAUUUCAACAGGGCGCUCCGAUGGAGCAGUGUGGAGGCCGUGUGCGGUUAUGGAUCUCAGGAGGUGCUGCCCCUGCGCCCUGCCAGGGAGGGUGAGCUCUACUUCCCCGAGGACCGAGAGGUGAACCUGGUGGAGCUGGCCCUGGCCACCAACAUCCCCAAAGGCUGUGCUGAGACGGCCCUGAGAGUUCAUGUCUCCUACCUAGACGGCAAAGGGAACUUGGCCCCUCAAGGAUCAGUGCCUAGUGCUGUGUCUUCCCUGACCGAUGACCUUCUCAAGUACUACCAGCAAGUGACUCGGGCUGUGCUGGGGGAUGAUCCACAGCUGAUGAAAAUUGCUCUCCACGACCUGCAGACCAACUCCAAGAUUGCAGCGCUCCUGCCAUACUUUGUGUACGUGGUCAGCGGGGUGAAAUCUGUAAGCCACGACCUGGAGCAGCUGCACCGGCUCUUGCAAGUGGCACGGAGCCUGGUUCGGAACCCACACCUCUGCCUGGUGCCCUAUGUCCGCUCCCUGGUGGGCAGCGUCCUCUACUGUGUCCUGGAGCCACUGGCUGCCUCCAUCAACCCGCUGAAUGACCACUGGACGCUGCGGGAUGGCGCUGCCCUCCUACUGAGCCACAUCUUCUGGACUUAUGGGGACCUUGUAAGUGGCCUCUAUCAGCAGAUCCUGCUCUCCCUGCAGAAAGUCUUGGCGGAUCCUGUGAGGCCUCUCUGCUCUCACUACGGGGCUGUGGUGGGCCUGCACGCUCUUGGCUGGAAGGCAGUAGAGAGAGUCCUGUACCCACAUCUGUCCACUUACUGGACAAAUCUGCAGGCUGUGCUCGACGAUUAUUCAGUAUCGAAUGCCCAGGUUAAAGCAGAUGGGCACAAAGUCUAUGGAGCCAUUCUGGUGGCCGUAGAGCGACUGCUGAAGAUGAAGGCCCAGGCAGCAGAGCCUAACAAGGGUGGGCCAGGCAGCAGGGGGUGCCAGCGCUCUGACGACCUGCCCUGGGACAGCCUUCUCCUGCAGGAGUCUCCCUCCGGGGGCAGCGCAGAGCCAGGUUUUGGGUCUGGUCUCCCAAUGGCUCUUGGAGGCGUGGGGCCAGAGGAUCCUUCCCCUUCGGUGACCCUGGCGGACAUCUACCGGGAGCUCUACGCCUUCUUCGGUGACAGCUUGGCCACUCGCUUUGGCACGGGUCAACCAGCGCCCACGGCCCCGCGGCCGCCCGGGGACAAGAAGGAACCGGCGACCGCCCCGGACUCGGUGCGGAAGAUGCCGCAGCUGACAGCCAACGCCAUGGUCAGCCCGCAGGGCGACGAGAGCCCCCGGGGCGGCGGUCCCCCGUCAGCCUCUGCGCCCGCCGCCUCUGAGAGCAGACCGCUGCCCCGCGUGCACCGGGCGCGGGGAGCACCCCGGCAGCAGGGCCCAGGCACUGGCACCCGCGACGUCUUCCAGAAGAGCCGUUUCGCCCUGCGCGGUGCCCCUUACUUCCGUUUCAUCAUCGCUGGGCGACAAGCAGGGAGGCGAUGCCGCGGGCGCCUCUUCCAGACAGCCUUCCCCGCGCCGUACGGGCCCAGCCCGGCCUCCCGUUACGUGCAGAAGCUGCCCAUGAUCGGCCGCAUCGGCCGUCCGGCCCGCCGCUGGGCGCUCUCGGACUACUCGCUGUACUUGCCGCUUUGACACGGCUCUCGCCUUAGCCUCUGUAAAUAAAUCCCGCGCCCGGAAAUGACGUUUCCGCGCUCGUGGGUCGCGCCGGA